AGAUGAGAUGUUUGUUUACGAACACUUCACCAAGGCAGUGAAUAAAAAUGUUGUGGCGUUUUGUAUCUUUAAUUUUUUGUUACUUUUAAUUUUAUUCAACGACAGUUAUUAGAAUUAAACUGUUGCUUUAAAAAUGGCCACUAUCGAGAAGCUUAUGAAGUCAUGGGAAACUUUAAGACACUUACCGACCCAGUUAACAGAUGAAAUCGCGUCAAGGCGUAAAGAAAAGAUAUCAUUAUGUGUGACUACAGCAGACACUUUCUGCUCAUCUCCUGGGCUCAAAACAGGAGGUGUCAAUGUCAUGCUUUUAAGUUUUGCCAUGGAAUCAUUACUCCACAUGUGCAAUGACUCCGAUUCAGACGUUCGUAUGACAGCAGACGAAAGUCUCAAUCGUAUUAUUAGGCAAGCGGUACUGGACAGCAAUGUCAUGAAAGUCCAGGUAGAAUUACAUAAGGAAAUUAAAAGGAAUGGUAAUGCUCGAAGCUUACGAGCUGCCUUGUGGAGAUUUGCAUAUUUAAGUUAUAUGAUCAGGCCUCUGAAAGGAAAACCUUACGUCAAUAACCUUGUGCCUUGUCUAAUUCAAAUUUCCAAACGUUCUGAAGAACCUGUUCAAGAAACCCUUGCUAAUGCUAUGCCUCAAAUAUUUAAGGCGCUAGGUGUCUUUACCACUGAUAAAGAUGUGAAGGAGCUUUUAAAAGCGUUCCUUCUGAACCUUUCGUCAGACUCUGCUCAGGUACGGAGAACUGCUGCCACUUGUAUUGUGAGCAUAUGUCGUUAUUGUCGAAAACCUAAAGCCUUUCUCCUUGAGACCCUCAACACUCUUGUUGAUUCUGUGAUUCCCAUAAAGGAAAAUCAGGCAGUAGCUGAAAUAUUGGGAGUCUUAGGCUGCUUAAGAGCAGUUUUACCCCAGUUUACAAUGUUUGAUGCAGAGCACACUGGUCAAGAGGAACUGCAAGGAAGUUUUGGUGUCAAGCGAGGUCACAAUAGAUCAACUCAUUGCACAGACUGUAUGGUACAGGUGUAUGAGCUUAGCAUUCAUUUCUCAAGACACGCAGAUCACAAUGUAGUCAAUGCGGCUCUGGAACUGUUGCAUCAACUUCUCCUUUCCCCACCAACUGGUCUCAUUCCUAUACUCCUUUCUCCGCAUGGAAUCUCAAGAUCAAAGAUUCUUCCUUCUUCAGUUGAACUGAGUCCUUUCCAACGUCGAUCCUUGAGUCAAAUGAGUGUUGCUGCUUCAAUACCUCCAUGUGAUGAAAACUCUCUUCUUGAGCUAGAUGCCGACCUUCCAACUGCUAUGUCAGCUGCUGUAUCUGCUCCGUUGCUGGAAAGAUGGAUUCAAGACGGAUCUUCCACACCAGUAGACUCCGUUCAACUUCAGCACACAGCACCAUCUAAGAUUAAUGCGGCUCGUUUGCAGCUUUUAGAUGCUGCUGAUCCAUCUGAGCCAGAUUUGAUGUUGGUGCCAGAACAUGACAAUUUUGGGAGCCCUGCUGCUGAUGUGCUUUCAACAGACUCUUCUCCUGAUGAUGUUAGAGAAAAUUAUAUUCUGGAAAUUACUGAUAAUGAAACAGAGCUGGCCCAUCUGAAUACCCCUCCUCCUUCUGCAAGUGGAGUUUCUCUAGCUAGCUCUCCUGGAGCCAAUCAGGCAGAAGCCAAGUACCAGGUCUGUGACAUAGGUUCAUUGACAGAUGGUUCGAUACCUCUUGUGUAUUGUGCACGACACUUGGCUACCUCUUUCCUCUUAACCGGCCAUCCAGGAUACCGUAUGCCAGAUCGCAAUGUGCGUGUGAGUGUUAAAGCUCUUGCUUUAAAUUGUGUUGCUGCUAUUGUUCGGCUGCAUCCCAAUGUGUUUCAACUUUACUUAGAUAAAGAUCCGAUCUCACCAACUCGCCGUUCCUCAACUAAUUCUGCAUCCUCACAACCACUAUGUGAACUUCUUCUCUUUGCAAAGCAUACAGAUCCCCAACUGCGGGCUAUCUGUUGCACUCUUCUAGCUGGCUUGGUUCGUUCAGUGUUAGUUCAAUCUGGUGGUAACUGGCAAAGUUGGCAGCGCAAAGCUGAUGCAAAGGUUUCUGCUUGUCUUGCAUUGCCCCGUAUUGUGCAGUUCCUUAUUCAGGGUCUUGAGGAUGAAUCUUCGACCACAUGCCGUCAGACUCUAGUGGCACUGACUCAAUGUCUACCGGAACUUCUCAGAAGUAGGGAUUGCCACGAAGUGCAACCAAUUCUGAAUACAUUGUCAAACCUUGCAAAGAAUCCUUACUGGCUUGUCAAGGUGAAACUUUUAGAGUUAGUGUGUGAGCUCCCAUAUGUAGUCAUUCAUUUUGUAGUAGGCUCGUCUACCUUUCAAGACAAGGUAGCUCAUGGCAUCCUUUUUGACCUUCUCUCUGAUGAAGACUGUAGAGUUCGUAAAGCUGCCUCUGAAGCUAUUGUUAGAAUAAUCCCAAAUUUGUAUUACCCAGUUGAUCGAAAAAAUGUAAGCGAAGUUAUUGCUGUGGCUAGUGAUGACAGUGAGUCACAGUUGAGUCAUCUUUUGGUAGAUUCAGAACCUUUAACAUCUGCAUCAUUAGGUAAAAGCUACCAAAAAAUUCCACGGCUGGAUAAUCUUUUUACACCUUUUGAUAGAUGGAACAACAUUGGAGUGAAGUCUCAACACCACCAUAGUGUGGAAGCUUCAUUGUCAAGAGUUGUUGAUUCGCUCUCACAAUUGCUGCUAGAGUCAUCGUCCAAGCACCUUACUUUGGGAUGCUGUGAAACCCUUUCUUCCCUUGCUGAGAACUUCCCUCCCGCUUUGUAUGUCAAUGGCUGGAGUUGCUUAUUUUGUCCCAAUCCAACACAAGCAACCAAUUCCAAGAGGGAUGCAAAGCAUGUAGUUGGAGACGGUGUUUCUCUCGUCAAUUUUUCGCCUGCAAGUGGCCUUCUUCAUACAGUGCUGGGUCUUUUACUGACAAGCCCUACAACGUUAGAACUUAGUGCCCAACAAUGGCUAAAUUUGCUAUCAGGAAAUCUAUUUUGUGGUGUAGCAGUGGCAAAUAUGCACCCAAUUGAAAGUCCACCGCCUGGCCUGAAAUUGGAUCCUAAUCCUUAUCCUAAUCAAUUAUGGUCAAUGUUUAAAGAUAGACAGAUAUGCAUUGCUUCAGAAUCUCUUCUUCUCCAUGUUAUGCGUACAUUAAACAUAAUAUCACACAUUUUGGAAGAUUCUCAUCCAAUAACGUCAGGAAUAAAACCGGGCCUUCCUUCAUUAUCACCAAUUAAAAGGCAUGGUAGUAGUGCUGGAAGGACAACUCCAAAUGAAUUGCCAAUAGAAAAUAAGGCUGGUCGUGGUAUGUCACCAAUAAAAAAUAUCAUUCAUGGUGAAAAAGAAGACAAAAGUGAUGAGAAGAAGAGUGGCAAAAGUACUUUAUUUGGUUCUUUUGCAAACAAUCAGCAUUAUCUUAAGUAUUAUGAUCUUCUCCGUUCAUCAUAUACAAAUUAUAAGAUGUCUUUGGAACCUGAAAUUUGUGAUAAGUUUGUAGGAUUAGUAAGUUCAACUUUGAAAGUACUUUCACAACUUUUAGAAGUAAUGACCCUAGCAGAGGCAGGAAGGAUAGCAGAGGAGCUAUUGUUCUAUUUGAGAGGGACUAUGACCCUUUCUCCAACUGCAACUGUCAGUUGUGUAAGCCAACUUUUAAAAUGUGUUGUGGGUAUGAAUCUUGUGUCUUUCUGGGGUGAACGUUCUUUAGAGAAUGAACUUAAACAGCCGUCUUCCGUACCAACUAUAAGUGCCAAAGAAAAUGGGUUUUACUUCAACUGUUUUCAAAAACCAUACCAGCAACUUGUUCAGUUUUUAACUGCUGCUUCAGCAGCUAAACCCCUCAGUGUGGAGGUUGCAGGGGUCAUCGGUAGCUAUCGUCUGCGAGCUGAUGCUAAAACAGGAAAUAGGAUGGCUGACACAACUUAUCUUGCAUCUUAUAUUCGAUUGUUUGAACCAAUGGUCAUUGAAUCUUUACAACAAUACACUGUUACAAGUGACAUCCAGCUGCAAGUUAAAGUACUAGCACUAUUGACUCAAUUGGUUCAGUUAAGAGUUAAUUACUGCCUUCUAGAUUCAGAUAUGGUUUUCAUUUCAUUCAUCCAAAAGCAAUUUGAGUUCAUUGAGGAAGGGCAAAUUUUGAAUUCUGAGGAGUUAAUAAUGUGCAUAUUUCACUUCAUGGUUCUGCUUUCUUUUGAGAAGCACCAUUCAAAAUCCAUCACUACCAUCCCUAAAGUAAUACAAUUGUGUGAUGGACUCAUGGCGAGUGGACAGAAUCCACUUUCACACUGUAUACCUGCACUUCUGCCUGUUGUCGAACAUGGCUUUCUGUACAAGUCUUCUGGAAGUUCAGCCACUAUAGAUACUGAGGAACUGGAAACUCAGAGAGAAGUCAUGGUAGCCAUGCUACUAAGGCUAGUUGAAUAUCAUCAGGUUAUGAAACUUUUAAGUGUUGUUUUAGUGGAAUGUAGAUCUUGGCCGGAUGGAGAAGAGCGGUGGAGACGUUGGUCACGUCAAGUUUGUGAUGCUGUCUUGGGGCAUCUGACUAGUGGUCGUUUGCGAUUAGAUUCUUGUGAUGCACAGAAAUCUCUUCAUCAGCUGCUGCUGCAUAGCCUUGCUCCAAGUGUCUUUAGACCUGUCGACCCUUUGCUCAGAGUUCUCUUCUCUCCCCCACCUCAUGUGGAGAGUUCUCUUCAAUCAGUCAUCAGAUGGCUUGGAACUGUUAUAGCUGUCAUGUUAGUUCUUGUUGCUCAAGGAAAAGAGGAAACUACUUUGACAAGACUUGAAGAAAUGGAGAUUGUGUUGCCAGCCCUCUUCUUUCGUGGAGACACAGUUCACUUGGCAAGCCCUGAUCCUUUGAACGCUGCAGCCAUUGCAACAUCUCCACUUUCUACCAGCACACCUCAGCUCACUUUUGCCAGAUUGGUUUUGCGAGUGAUCGGACUUGUUGGUGAAAGGAUAGACAGCAUUGUAAUGGACCCUGCCUCAUCACCAGAAUUGCUUAAAGAAUGCCACUACCUGGAAGAACUUUUGGCACACUUUUUGUUAAUCUGUAUUCACAUGUUUCAAUCAGGAAGCCACUGCAAAAUUGCAAGUGCUGCUGUUGAGUUGGUUGCUGGUCACGCCACAGAGGACAGCCUUCUGUUGGAGGAUGCUAAUGCAGUAUUUCUUCAGCUAGCACCUGCAUGUCCACUUCUCAUGUUCUUGUGGUGUUAUCUACUUACAUUGCUUAAUUAUGGAAACCAUGCAUUUUGGGCCAGAGUCUUGCCUUUACCAAAAGAGAGCUCCAAGAAGGAUGAGGCAAGCCAGCGUCAUCAAAGUCUUAGCAUCAAUGUAGAACUUGUACGGACAGGUGCUACCAUUGUUUACUGUGACUUUAUGUGUGAGAAUUCCAGUGAGUCAGAGCAACUGCAUUGGUUGUUGAGCACACAGAUGUUGCACAUAAUUGAGCUUAGCUCUGAAGCUCCCGUUCAAGAACUUAUUGCUGUUUUACACCGCAGUCCAGAUCAAAGUAGCUCAAUGCUACAGGCUAUUCAAAAAAACAAUUUUCCUUUGAACAAGGCAACUACUGUUGUUCGACUUCUGAAGUGCUUGGAGGGUGUGCACCCCGCGUGCAGUGGCUCCUUGCUGCUUCUGCUUGCUGAGCACUUUGUGGGCCAUGCACAUCCUGCGUUGGCUCGCCGAGCAGCUCAACUCUGCACUCGUCAAGCAGAGUACUUGCUGACACUACCUCCCCCCCAAGUUGCAGAACAGUUGUCUCGAGAACAACUAAGAGAUGUCCUUCAUUUGUUGCACCAUUCUCAUUUGGAUCGGAAGCACAGUGGCUUGAUAAGCAUUCUGAAUAAAUUGGGAUCUCAAUGUCUAGCUUUGUCUCCUUUGGAAACAGAUCAAGUUCGCCCCUUAACUCCAACAUCAAUACAAAAUCUGAAAUUAGAUAAGCAAUGGUACCUCAGUCAAGUUAAAUUAAGGUGCAGCCAGACAUCUUCCACAGGUGUUGCAGUGGAAGAGUCGACUCAGCUUCUUGGUCAUCUGGAUGUUGAAGAUGCUGUCUCUGUAUUGAGUAGUCCAGACACUCACCUUUCAAUUUUACAGCUGUGUUUCCGCCAUGGCACCCAACAAACUCUGAUGGCCCAUGCCACUGCAGCACCUGGGAGAAAUGUUGAGGAUACUUUGUCACCACUGUAUCGAGCUGCAAGGAUGGUUCUUAUGCAACGAGUUCAUCAUUUUACUGAGCUAGUUCCCAAAGAUCAUCAGGUGUUUCUGCCAUUCGGACGUCCCAUGACGGAUGCUGAGUUAGUCUACUCACGAAACCUUUGCCAAGUUGUUACGAAUGAUAUGCAGCUAGAUUCAUUGUUCUGCAUAGCUGCAGCUGUUAACAGCUAUAUCCAUUCUCUUGAAAAGCUUUGUGGAGUUGUGCCAUCUGAAGCUGCAGAAGAUCUAGUGGCUUUUGCUCUCCUUUGCCUAGAGGCUGUGCAUAGUCUGCUCGCACAAGAUGAGGGUAGGGGAAAUACUAAUGCAGAGAAAUUAAAACCAGAAAGGAGGUCUAAAUCACUUUCAGUGGAUGCUCAUGAAGUACCUUCUUCAGGCAAGGUGAUGGCUUCUGAUAAAAAGCUUAAUACCCCACAGCCUUAUUGUUUUGAGCUAGGGCUGGAGUGUGCCAGCAGGGUGCUGUGUGAGCCUAGUCUUGGUGUCUUUCUGGAGCAACCCAAUCAUUUGACAUGGCUCGCAUCCGCGUGUUCUGCUGUAACUGCUGUUGUUCAUUUUGUUACCUUAGGGGAGCCCCCUCCAACAAUUCCCAUGAAUGGACUAUCUGAAGCACUCUCAAAACCAGAAUCCUUGACAAUAGCUCAUGCUUGUCACCAGAUGUCUACCCUCAUAGCAUGGCUUGAAAAUAAUAGCUUUAACAAAAUUUGUCAAAACAUUCCUAGUUUUCUCACUUCCCCAAUUCAAAAGCUAAUAGUGCGUCUGGCAAGAACUCCUCUUCUAAAUUCCUAUGUUUGGACACCUCCUGACGUCUGGAAACACGGCUGGGAUGUGAUCCCUGGUGGUCCGUAUCAAAUCCAGGUUCCUCCGUUACCCACAGAGUUUUUGCAAGACAUGGAAGUCCUCCGUCAAUUUAUAUUCAGGGUCACUUUGCUUGGAUGGAUAAGCCGUCAGCAGUUUGAAGAGACUUGGAUGUCCCUUCUGAGUGUUCUCAGUUCUGAGUCAAACAGUGAAGAUAUUCCCUCUGAGGAAAUGGCUAUUGAAACUGAAGCUAACAGUGUUGUAAUAGAGGCAAUAACAACUUUACUUCUGCAAACAUUAUUGUUACCUGUACCUGGAAAUCCCAAUAUUGGUCACUAUUUGCACUGCACAAGAGAUACCCCCAUAAAAUUUUCAAGUGGAAGUACAUUACAGAAACUUCAUUCAAUUCAGCAGCGUCUUGUUUGGAAAGAAGAAGGUCUUUAUGGCAAGAAAGUUCAUUCAGUAUUUGACAGACCUAAUUUAGAACACAUUCAUUCUUUGAAAAGAUUUUCCUAUGGCCAGGUAUCUGUUGAGUAUCUUCAAUAUGCUCUUGCGUGCUCUCAAGGGACCCCAGAAAAAGAUCUCUUUUCUGAGUCUGUUGUCUCAAAGUAUGAAGAGCGUUGCAAGGCUCUUCAGUCGAGUGGCAUGGAUGUCAACUCAUGUCUCUUCUUCCUCCUUGACCUAUGCACCCAAUGGACGCAACCACAGCUGGCUGGAAUUUCAGGAGUACAGACCCGUCCUCUUCAUGAAGCACUAUGUGCUGUUUUGUCUGUUUCUGAUCUAUUUACCGAGCAGUCACAAUGGCAAUGGCUACUGCAGACAAGUUUAGAUCUUGGGAGAAGUCAACCAGUCGAAGAUGAAAUUUUGUUGCAAUACAUAGUACUUUCCCAGUGCAAAGCCUGUGCUGUCCUCCAACCAGAUGCAUCAAUUUAUGAGCGUAUCCUUCGCUCUCUAGAUGGUGCUUUGCGAUCUAGUUUUGUUCCAACAGUUACUGCCGCUCUUCAUGGGUUAUCUUAUUUACUGCAAGGGGGUCUACGUGUGCAGUGUGGAAAAGAAACUUCUAAAAGUGACACGUCUUCUUUGCCUGAAAGUUUACAAGAUCCUUCAUCAACCUUGCCUGAAGUAAUCAGACAUGUGGUGACUUUAACAUCCGAAUACAUUUGCAAGAAAUUAGUUUCUAAUUCAGUUUCAAGUGUAAAUGAAGAACCCAACCUCAUUUUGUGGUCUCUUGCCUUCUAUCUUCUGGAUAAUUGGAGCAGGUGGAAAGUUGAUACUUUAGAACAAGCAACUCCUGUCAUUCUACAACAAGCUAUUAGUUUGGCGCAUCCUCUUAGUCGAACUUCUCCAGCUCUUCAGCGAGUUAUCUCACAGGGGCUGGAACGCUUGGUUGUGUCUCAAUCUGAGGCACUUUCGUCUCGUCUUCAAGAGCAGAUAACAAAGCUUGCUGUUGAGAACCUUGCUGACCCUAAUCCUGGAGUUCUGUUCCACUCAUUACAACUUUUGUUAUCCUGCAUGUAUAGGGGUCAUGAUAGUCAAAUUAUGAUACAAAGCAGUGAUUUAAGCAAAAGUGAUUCUAAUGUCAACAUUACUGAUCCAGAACAACUUGUUCAGGCAAUGGAAAAAACAUCAGCGCUCUUUGACAGAAUAAAGAAGGGGUAUCCACAGGAAGUUGAGCUAGUCUGCUCAGUCUUACCAAAAUUGCUGACUGACUUCUUCCCAGCAUCAGAAGUUCUGACAAAAGUGGUUGGAGAGUUUCUGUCUCAACAGCAGCCUCAUCCAAGACUUCUAGCAGGAGUAGUUUUUCAGGUGUUUGAAUGUGCAGUUGCCCAGUCUCAGCUUAGCCUGCUGCAAGAAUGGCUCGUCCUAUCGCUAUCAAAUUUCACUCAAACCUUACCUGUGCCAAUGGCCACCUGGUGCCUGACCUGCUUCUUCAUCAGUGCGUCUUGUAAUCCAUGGCUCCGAGCACUUUUCCCUCAUGUGCAGUCUCGCAUUGGUCGUUGUGAAUUUGAGGAUCGGAAGCUCCUGUGCCUCUCUGCCACAGAUUUCUAUCGUCAACUUACGUCUGAAAGUCAAACUCGUAAAUUUAUGUCAACAUUCCAAGCUGCUGUUCAAAAGCAGCCAAACUCUCCUUAUGCUGAGCUCCUUGCCAGCUUAAAUUAGUCUGCCACUAAUUGUUCUAGUGUUGGAUUAGGGAAUAACUAGUGAUGUGAAAAUACAAAUAUACAUACAUCCAUAUAUUUUGUAUCAUUUUGUAGAACAGUUAUAUUUGUUCUCUCUGUUAUUGUAACUGUGAUGACAAUCACCCUUUAUGUAGGUCUUUAUUUUAAAUCCCUUGUUUGUAAAUGGCAAGGUUUGAUGCCAAUAAUUGUUAUGCAGAGGAAAAUAUUUUAUGUAGAUACAGUGAUGUUAAAAAGCUUGUGAAUUUUAAUUUUGAGAUUUAAGCCAUAAUGAAAAGAAACUUGUUUGCUUUGAGCCUUACAAGUAGUAAUCUGAAAGUCUUAUGCUCUGAUCAGGAUUGACCAACAGACAAUCCUUCUUUUUCUUUCUCCAGAAAUCACAAAUGUUAAUCUGUAACGCUCUAAUUGCUGUGAUUCAAAAAAUAAUCUUAGUUUGUUAAAGUGUUGUUUCAUUAUGGUUGUGUUACUUUGUGUUACUCUGUAUUAUUGCGCGUGAUUCUAAUUUCUAAUCAUUACAGAAAAAGAAAUGAGGAGAGUUAAAAAUUUGUCUUCCCUGUGGAGCAUGCAUGUAGACACUAGUUUCAUCAAAAGGAACAUACUUCUUUUUUCAAAAGUGAUGACUUAAUAAUGCUACAACUUUCUGAUUUGCAGCAAUCUCAUUCAUACUUCAGUAGUCUUUGGUUGUCUACAAAUGUAUUUUGUAAGAUUAUCCUGUGUUGUUUCUGCAUAUUAGUUCUGGUAUAUUAAAAAAAAAAGUUUUCAUACAGUGAAGAAAAUCAUGCAUGCUUAGGAACAAGUCUGUUCCACAAAUUAUGUCUUGUUUACUGUUUGUUACUCUAUAUUUAAUUACCUCUUGGAGGUGCCUGUUCUGUGAUUAUCAUUAUAAAAUAGUUCAUAUCAGUCAAUAGGUAUUUAAAGUAAGUCACAGACUUGAAUGUACUUUUGUGAAAAAUCAUUCCAGCUCUGCCGGUACAUUUCUGAAAGCUGUUGUCUAAAUUUUCUCAGUCUAAAUUUUCUUCAUCUCCAACCCACCAGUAGAAGUCUCAUAAUGCUACAUGGCAGGGUAUUGAUGAGUCAAUCAUAGAAUAAAGAAACUAAAGAAAACAAAAGAGAUAUUAUCUAGAGCAAGAGAUUAAUAACAAUAAGAUAUUUUAUAGUUAUGAGGUGUGUAAAAUGAAUUCCAAAAAUAAAUUUUAUUUAUUAAA